ACGGGUCUGGAAGGCCCCGUGAGGCGGGGCCUCCGAGAGACUAGGGGCUGAUCCUGGGUAAGACCCGGUGGCUGCGUUUCUACGUGGAGCAGAGCCUGGGCUCCUUCGCUCCUCUCCGCCCACGAGGGCAUGCAGCUCCCCGAAAGUAAGGCCGUCGCGGCUGCGGCUGCAGUGUAUGACACUGGUAUCGUCAAGGACGGUUAUCUGCUUUUUAAAGGAGGUGAAUUAUACUUUAAUGUACUACAGGUUGUAUACUAUGGAUGGGAACUAUUAGAGUUUAUAAUGUCAAAAACUUUUCUUAGACAAAAGCUAUCUUCCACAAAGGUAACAGACUGGGUAGACCCAUCAUUUGAUGAUUUUUCAGAGAAUACAAGCAUUUCUACUAUUACUACCACAUCAUUGGGUGUGAAUCACUCAAGUCAUAGAAGAAAAAAUGUGUCUUCCACAUUAGAAAGUAGCAGAUUUCCAACUAAAAAAAGAGGAAAGCUAUCUUCCUCAGAACAGAUUUAUGGUCUAGAAAAUUCAAAAGAAUAUCUGUCUGAAAAUGAACCAUGGGUGGAUAAAUACAAACCAGAAACUCAGCAUGAACUUGCUGUGCAUAAAAAGAAAAUUGAAGAAGUUGAAACCUGGUUAAAAGCUGAAGUCCUAGAAAGGCAACCCAAACAGGGUGGAUCUAUUUUAUUAAUAACAGGGCCUCCUGGAUGUGGAAAAACAACAACUAUAAAAAUACUGUCAAAGGAGCAUGGUAUUCAAGUACAAGAGUGGGUUAAUCCAGUUUUACCAGACUUCCAAAAAGAUGAUUUCAAGGAGAUAUUUUAUCGUGAAUCAAGGGUCCAUGUAGUUCCCUAUCAGUCUCAGAUAGCAGUUUUUAAAGAGUUUCUACUAAGAGCGACAAAAUAUAACAAACUACAAAUGCUUGGAGAUGAUCUGAGAACUGAUAAGAAGAUAAUUCUGGUUGAAGAUUUACCUAACCAGUUUUAUCGAGAUUCUCAUACUCUACAUGAAGUUCUAAGGAAGUAUGUACAGAUUGGUCGAUGUCCUCUAAUCUUUAUAAUCUCUGACAGUCUCAGUGGAGAUAAUAAUCAAAGGUUACUGUUUCCCAAAGAAAUUCAACAAGAGUGUGCUAUAUCCAACAUUAGUUUCAACCCUGUGGCACCAACAAUUAUGAUGAAAUUUCUUAAUCGAAUAGUGACAAUAGAAGCUAAUAAGAAUGGAGGAAAUAUUACUGUCCCUGAUAAAACUUCUCUACAAUUGCUCUGUCAAGGAUGUACUGGUGAUAUCAGAAGUGCAAUAAAUAGCCUCCAGUUUUCUUCAAAAGCGGUGCUGCAUAAUUAUAAAGGUGAUGCUGUUUUUAAUAAUUCCAGAAAUUUUUUUAUAGGAGCACCUAUAACAGAAUUAGACUCACCUCGAUUGCCCUCACAUUUAUCACAGUAUGAACGGGAUACAUUACUUGUUCAACCAGAGGAAGUAGUAGAAAUGUCACACAUGCCAGAAGAGUUAUUUAAUUUAUAUCUCCACCAAAACUACGUAGAUUUCUUCAUGGAAAUAGAUGAUCUUGUGAGAGCCAGUGAAUUUCUGAGUUUUGCAGAUAUCCUCAGUGGUGACUGGAAUACACGCUCUUUACUCAGGGAAUAUAGUACAUCUGUAGCUACGAGAGGUGUGAUACAUUCCAACAGAGCGCGAGGAUUUGCUCAUUGCCAAGGAGGAGGAUCAAGUUUUCGACCAUUGCACAAACCCCAGUGGUUUCUAAUUAACAAAAAGUAUCGGGAGAAUUGCCAGGCAGCAAAAGCACUUUUUUCUGACUUCUGUUUACCAGCUUUAUGCCUCCAAACUCAGCUGUUGCCAUACCUCGCUUUGCUAACCAUUCCAAUGAGAAAUCAAGCUCAGAUUUCUUUUAUCCAAGAUAUUGGAAGACUUCCUCUGAAGCGACACUUUGGAAGAUUAAAAAUGGAAGCCCUGAUUGACAAGGAGCAUGGAAUGAUAGACCCGGAAAGUGGAGAUGAAGCCCAGCUGAAUGGAGGGCAGCCUGCUGAGGAAGCUCUGGAUGAACCCACUCAGACUGCUGAACCCGAAACUUGGUCUCUUCCUUUGAGUCAGAAUAGUGGGAGUGAGCUGCCUGCAAGCCAGCCUCAGCACUUUUCAGUGCAGGAAGACAUAGAAGAAGAAGACUUGAUAAUAGAAGACUAUGAGAGCGAUGGGACAUAGAAACCAGCCCACCAAUCACAUUGCUGCUUGACAAACUCACAUUAGUUUUAUCCAGUGGUACUUUAACAGGCAUAAUAUGCUUUUCAAGUAAAUUAAAUUUGUUAAGUCUCCGCUCUUGUAUUUCAACACAAGAAAUUGACUCUUCGGUCAUCUUGAAGUAGCUCAAGCCUUCAAAUAUCUUAAAUUUUUUUCUCUAGUAUUUAUUUAGUCUUGUGAGUGGUGUUAGGAGAGCAGGUCAGUGUGUAUGCAGUAUGUUUGAACAUUAUGCCAAGUAUCAGAAAAGUGAAGGAGUAAUUCAGAAUACAAAAACUUUAUAGGGUUGUAAAUAUGAAUUACAAAACAGUUCAGUAUGUAGUUAUGAAUGUAAAUAAACUUUGUGCCUUAAA